GUAAAUUUUGUUACCUAUCCUCAACACCAGUGCCGCUGCAGUCAGCGUGCGCUUGGAAAAUGGCGAUCGAAAUCGAGUCAGCGGACGUUGUUCGCCUUAUACAGCAGUACCUGAAGGAGAGCAACCUCUUUCGGACUCUCCAAGUGUUACAGGAAGAAACGUCCAUAUCCCUGAACACAGUUGACAGCGUCGACAGCUUUGUUCAAGACAUUCACAGUGGCCACUGGGACACUGUUCUCAAGGUUGUUCAAUCACUGAAGCUACCGGACAAAAAGCUAAUCGAUUUAUAUGAGCAGGUGGUGUUAGAGCUGAUUGAACUGCGCGAACUUGGCGCAGCUCGAUCUCUCUUGAGGCAAACAGAUCCCAUGAUCAAGUUGAAGCAAGAGGAGCCAGAAAGAUACAUCCACCUGGAAAACCAGUUGGCACGUUCCUACUUCGACCCACAAGAGGCAUACCCCAGUGGGAGCAGCAAGGAGCGCCGGCGGGCAGCAAUAGCGCAGUCCCUGUCAGGAGAGGUGAGCGUGGUGCCCCCUUCACGUCUUCUGGCACUGCUCGGCCAGGCGCUCAAGUGGCAGCAACACCAGGGACUUCUGCCUCCCGGGACCACCCUUGACCUGUUCCGGGGCAGAGCUGCCCUGAGGGGGGGCCAACAGGAGGAGGAGCGCUUCCCCACACAGAUUUCGCGCACCAUGCGCUUUGGCCCCAAGGCACAUGUAGAGUGUGCUCGUUUCUCACCUGACGGGCAGUUUCUGGUCACAGGCUCCGUGGAUGGGUUCAUUGAAGUGUGGAACUUCACCACUGGAAAGAUCCGCAGAGAUCUCAAGUACCAAGCACAGGACAAUUUCAUGAUGAUGGACGACGCUGUGAUUUGCAUCUGCUUCAGCAGGGAUUCUGAAAUGCUGGCUUCCGGAGGGCAGGAUGGCAAAAUCAAGGUGUGGAAGAUCCAGACGGGCCAGUGCCUGCGACGCUUUGAGCGUGCCCAUUCCAAGGGUGUCACCUGCCUCAGCUUUUCACGGGACAGCAGUCAGCUGCUCAGUGCCUCCUUCGACCAGACCAUCAGGAUCCACGGCCUAAAGUCUGGGAAACUGCUAAAGGAGUUCCGUGGCCACACCUCAUUUGUGAACGACGUCAUCUUCACACCUGAGAGCCAUCACUUGCUCAGUGCCAGCUCGGAUGGUACGGUCAAACUGUGGAGUGUCAAGAGCACAGAGUGCUUGAGCACCUUCAAGUCCCUUGGUGCAGCUGGUGGCAUGGCUGGUGCAAUGGGCAGUGACAUCACUGUGAACUCAAUCCAUGCUCUACCAAAAAAUCCUGAGCACUUUGUCGUCUGCAACCGUUCAAACACAGUCUCCAUCAUGAACAUGCAGGGACAGAUUGUGCGAAGCUUCUCCAGCGGAAAAAGGGAAGGCGGCGACUUUGUCUGUUGCACUCUGUCACCAAGGGGAGAAUGGAUCUACUGUGUUGGCGAGGACCACGUUCUGUACUGUUUUUCCACAGUCUCCGGCACACUUGACCGGACACUUACGGUUCACGAAAAAGACGUCAUUGGUGUCUGUCAUCACCCUCACCAGAACCUCAUUGCAACAUACAGUGAAGAUGGUCAUCUCAAGCUGUGGAAGCCAUAAUAACAGAAUUGUAAAUAAAUACUGCACAGUGUAAAAAUAAAAAAAGACAUCAA